AUGGCGCCCGAACUCAGCGAGUACGAGCAACAGCGACAAGCAAACAUCGCCCAGCGAGACAAACUCCUCAAGCAACUCGCCCUUGACGCCGGCCAGGCCGGACUCGGGCCUCAAAAGCCAGCGCCCAAAGCAAACAAAAGCGGCGCUACUCACAAGAGAAAGGGCCCCGUCAAGCGCGUCAAAGUCGAAGACGCUGGGCCAAGAAGAACAUCAUCGCGCCUACAAGGAUUGACCGCCGACAGCGAAGUAGCCAAGCGGAAAGCCGAGGAUGAACAUGUUGCGACACAAGAAGCUGCGAGGGCAAAGAGACAGCGAAAUUCAGGGGAAUUGAAUUUAAGUGAUGUGGUGGUAGGAGGGAGAGAUUGGGAUAAGAGCGAGAAUUUUUUGGUGGAUGUUGUUUCGAGGGGUGCCAACCCCAAUGAGCGGACAUUUGGAGACAGCGAAGUUAGAGAGACUACAGACAAGGAACUUAGAUCGCUGAGAGAACAGAUGAGUGGUUUGGAGCUAUAUGAUGGUUUCGAACCCAACCGUAUAAAGAUAACGCCUGAACGUAUAUACUCGCUGGGCUUCCAUCCGACAACAGACAAACAACUGGUCUUCGCAGGCGACAAGAUGGGCAAUUUGGGCAUCUUUGAUGCCUCGCAGACAUCCGAGUCAGUCAAAGCCGAAGAUGGCGUCAAGAAAGAAGCAGACGAAGAGGAGGAAGACGACCCAGACCCAGCAAUUACAUCCUUCCAUUGCCACACCCGCACAAUCUCCUCCUUCCAAUUCUCCCACGCCAACCCCUCACACCUCUAUACCUGCUCCUACGACUCCUCUCUCCGUCUUCUCGACCUCACAAAAUCCAAGUCCACCGAAAUCUAUGCGCCCUCGGACUCCUUGCUCGACGAGCCCCUUUCAGGGGUAGAAAUGGACCCAACGGCUCCACAUAUGCUGUACUUCUCCCGACUCGAUGGCCACGUAGGAAGAACGGAUACUCGAGCGCCAGGAACGACAGACAUAUUCCAGCUUUCGGAGAAGAAGAUCGGAGGCUUCUCCCUCAACCCUGCAAACCCUCACUUCAUAGCUACAGCCUCACUGGACCGCUAUGUGAGGAUUUGGGACCUGCGGAAACUGAGCGGAAAGGCGUCGAGGCAGCUUCCAGCUUUGAUCGGGGAGCACGAAAGCAGACUCAGUGUCAGCCACGCGGCGUUCAAUUCGGCAGGACAAGUCGCAACGGCGAGUUAUGACGACACGGUCAAGAUUCACACCUUUGAAGGUAUGGGUUCAUGGAAUCCUGGGCACAAGAUAUCGGAUGACGAGAUGGCACCUUCAUCAAUAAUUCGACACAACAACCAGACGGGCAGAUGGGUGACCAUUCUCCGAGCCCAAUGGCAGCUCCACCCACCCAAUUCGAUCCCUCGCUUCUGCAUUGGCAACAUGAACCGCUUCGUCGACAUCUACACCGCAAACGGAGACCAGCUGGCGCAGCUAGGCGGCGAAGGCAUCACUGCGGUGCCUUCUGUGGCACAGUUUCAUCCCACGGAGCAAUGGGUCGCUGCUGGGACUGCGAGUGGGAAGUUGUGCUUGUGGACGUGA